AUGGUCAAAGCGUUGGAGCAGCACUCGACAGCAGUGCUGGAUGGGCUGGUAGCUAGGCUGGCGACCACAGUGCAGCAACUGGAGGAGAGCCGGGCGGCACAUGCCAAGCUGAAUCUGCACUCGUCAGCAGAGCGGGAUGAGCUGGCGGCCAGGCUGGAGACCGCUGAGCAGCGAUUGGUGGAGAGCCAGGUGGAAGAGGCCAAUCUGAGGGAGGAGGUGAAGAAGAAGGAGGCGCAGGUAGAGCAGCUAGUGGCGGUUUCCAAGUAUCUGGAGGAGAGACGGGCGGCAGAGGCCCAACUGAGGGAGGAGGUGAAGGAGAAGGCGGCCCAACUGCAGGCGCAGUUGCAGGCGCUUUCCAAGGAGCUGGAGGAGCUGAGGGGGAUGAAGGGGGUGAGUGUUGUCAUACAUGAAGGGCGAGAUUUGUCGGGGCUGCCGCUGGUCUAUGCGUGA